AUGGGUGCCGAGCUACCGGUGUCUGGACCGGAGUCCAUUGAAGUCCCACUACCUGACGAGCAGAAGUCCACGAAGAAAACUACAGAGUUCCUCAAGAAUCGGGUGUAUAUACCAGGGCGAGUUUCACCACAUCCACCGCUCACACCCCUUCCAUUGAGGAACUUUCACCAGCAAACUCAGCGGUCACUUCCGGAUCCAGGCUCACCGAGCAAUAAUAUCAACCACCACCCCAGAUACUUAAUUCCGCGAGGUCCUCUAACAAUCGGAACUCAGUGUCCGAACAAGGACCCUUCGCCAUCAACGGACUCUCAAAGCAGCGGCAACGGCUCAAGUUCCAUAUUAUCUCUACCAACACCACCUGUCGCAUCAUUCACACGUCCCCAUGCUACCACACCUCAGAAUACUUCUACAAACCAAAUAUCCUGCGCCAGCCCUACCAGCACGGUUGACCUGAGGUCUCGCACAUCAAUCGCAACCGAGUAUCUUUUCAGACAGUCUACCACCUCAUCGUCUGUUCUUCACCUUUCUGAUAUCCCACCAUUCCCACCACCAUGGUGCCCGCCACCCUCGCAGAUCCCUCCGGUGCCGCAGGAUGAUCCGCGUCUACGAGCCGCUGGUCUCGUGUCGCCACUCAAAACAUCUCAUGAUGCAAUCCAAGAACCACCCGUCUCCAGCUUCCCACAAAAUAGCCUCAAUCCCCGCUGGACUCGAGUAUCCCUUGCCUCGAGCCAGGCUAUCCCGUCCAGCUGGGGUAAUGAUUACCAACGUCACAGCUCAAUGUCAAGGGAUACUAAUUUCGAGAAGGGAGACAACGCAACGAUACGCACAAUCUGCAAGUUCCAUCCUGCCUCUAUAUUCUCAAAUCUGGACAGCCCAACAUUACCCCAUGAACAACCCCCCUUCAAUCGGGAUUCCACUGCCCUUGCAACUCCGUCUCCACCAGAUGCUUCAGCAAGAAACUUUGUUUCCUCCGCGUUGAGCGAAUCUGAACAGGACAUGCAUCCAAAGAACCCCUCCAUGCCACGAGGGAACAAUACCCAAAAACAAGACGAAGAAGUGUUUACCGAAUCACUGGAGAAAGAGAUGGACUGCCUACCCCGAGCUUUUCCGACUAUCAGUGACAAGAAACCCAAUGACCUCGAGCCUCCCCGGUCGGAUUCGAGAGCUGGGCGUAGUUCUAGGGCUCAUAGCACUCCCCUGAGCCUGAUUGAUUUGAUCCGAAGUGCUACUGAAAUGGCUUCAACCGUGGACCAUGGUAGGAGUACCAGUCGAAUUAAUCUUUCUGCAAUGAGCAAUCACUCUGAAUUCCGCGCCGCAAGUAAUUCCCGCCGUCACUCUGGGUCAAUCUCUGAUAUUCUAUCCGAGUUUCCACAGCCUGGCUUAUCAGAAUCCAAGAGCCGUUGGUUCUUGCCUGUGUCUCUUUGGCGUUCUAACCGCAAUGCCGAUCUAGAGAAAUAUCACGUCUCAAGUGGUACGCCAGCUAAAAAACGUUUUCUGGGCCUGUCACGGAGGUGGCUCAUCAUCAUCUGCGUCUUGAUUUUACUCAUAAUUGUCCUUGCAAUUUUACUUCCUGUUCUUCUGGCCGCCCAGUCCAAGGAUUCCAGCGCCAAGUCCUGCGAGAGUACUACGCCCUGCAAGCACGGAGGGGUCAGUGUUUCGAGUGCGAGCGGGUGUUCCUGCAUCUGCACUAAUGGUUACACUGGAUCCCAAUGCGCGAUUGUCGGUGAUAGUAGCUGUGUGACAUCUGAUCUCUCAGAGUCAAAGAACGCUACGAUGGGUAGUUUACUCCCGAGCGUCUUUGCCGACUCACAAACUAAAUUCGAAAUACCUCUCCAUGAAGCAACGAUCAUGGCUCUGUUUAGCACGAACAAUGUCUCAUGCAAGACUGAGAAUACCCUCGUGUCUUUCAGUGGGGCGGAGUCAAGCAGUGAAUCUCGCAAAUCUCGCCGAUCGAUUGGGCUACCUAUCGACGGUGAAAAAGUUGGAAAGGUUCCAAAUUCCGAGGCUACUAAUGUUGCCUCUCGGUCUUUGGCUAGCAUGGAGGGCAUAUUUUACGACGACUCGGACGCCAAAAAUACAACAGUCACAAAUCCCCUGGAAACUGAGUCCACGACAAACACCACUAUCUUGUCCGAAGUGAUGGAAUUCUGUCAAAUAGCUGUACUCUUUUUUCUCGAGGAGACAAGCUCGCUUGAUUCCGCCGUCAGUGCCAAGGAAAGUAUUCAGUCGUACCUGGUUGAAUACUAUGCUAGCGCGACAUCAUUGGAAGUGCUGGGUAUGUAUGAUCUAGAUUUUGAGAACAAGACAAUCACGUUGCCCAACGGUACAAUUAUAGGAGGAUGA